AUACAUAUCUGUGGAGCUGGACACAUCUCCCAGUGGCACCAUUGACACACUCUCACACACACUCAUUGCCUUUCAAUCACACCAAAAUCGUUUUUAUCACCACAUUGGAUACACUUUUUGUGUGACUUCUGGACCAAAGAGGGGUCAUGGAUCCAAUUGUGGAAGUAGUGGCGUUGAUUUUGGGGUUCAUUGGUUGGGUGAUGGUUGGGAUCACGCUGCCCAACCGGUACUGGAGGACCUCCACCGUGGACGGGAACGUCAUCACCACCUCCACCAUCUACGAGAACCUGUGGAUGUCAUGUGCCAGCGAUUCAACCGGGGUCCACAACUGCAGGGAGUUCCCCUCGCUGCUCGCUUUGAAUGGUUACAUCCAAGCGUCCCGCGCGUUGAUGAUCACAUCCAUAGUGUGUGGCACCUUUGGACUGUUGCUAGCCCUGAUAGGAGUGCAGUGCUCCAAGGCUGGGGGGGAAAACUAUGUUCUCAAAGGGAGGCUUGCUGGCACCGCUGGAGUCCUUUUCAUAUUUCAAGGUCUGUGCACGUUGAUCGCAGUGUCCUGGUAUGCCUUCAACAUCACACAGGAGUUCUUUAACCCUCUGCACGCCGGGACAAAGUAUGAAAUAGGAGAAGGACUCUACAUGGGAUGGUGCUCCGCCGUGCUCGCCAUCGCCGGAGGAGCCUGUCUCACUUGCUCCUGCCAAAUGGGCACAGAGGAAAAAUACCCGUUGUCCUAUCAAGCCAAGGGAACGGUAUACUCUGGACCAGCACCAACCAGGAGUGUGGCUGCUAGUACUUACGGACGAAAUGCUUACGUUUGAGCAGGAUAUGGACACUGAGCUUUGUCACCAAAACAAAAAGAAUCUGAGCUAAAGUUUGUCAGUUUUUGUUGAAACAUUUAACAUCUCCUGGUGUCAGCUUUUACACCUCUGAUGGAUAUUUGUGUGUAAAAGCUAAAGGCCCACCCCCACUGAACUGUAUAUAAUCACAAUCUAAAGAGUGUAUUCUGUAAAAAUGACUGCAUUGAAAUGAUUGCAUUUGAGUUGUAAAAAAGGUAAGCUUCCUAUCACUGCACAAUUGUUUCUAUUUAUGUUUUCCUGAUGAUGUAAACUCAUACUUUUACAUACAGUCACUUGUUUUCAGAGCGAUUCAAUCAAUUGACAAUCUGCAAACACAUUUCUAGAAAUGUGUAAAGGGGAAGGUCAAAACUGUUAUAAUCCAGAUAUGUGUGUUGUUUUGUACAGUUUUAUAGAUAGUACCUGUGAAAGAGGGUCGUGGAAAAGUGAUCUUUAUUUUGUUUUUUUACGAUAGCGCACAAUAAUAAGGUUCUAUUCCAAACAUUUCUGUUUCACUUUGUGUUCCUGUAGUCAAUAAAGUUUUGAUUGCAUCUGUUUUCCUUUCCUUUUUUCAAAAAGAAUAGCAAAGUUAUUUUGAUGUGACACAAUUAAAUA